ACAUAAUCGUCAAUAUAAUAUUUGAGCACCCAUAGAUUUAGUUCAGCAGCACCACCGAAUAAAAUUUACAUGCAUCAGAAUCUUCAAUGUACCAACAGCACCAGUGGACCACAAUUCAUGCACAUAUUAUGCUGACCUUUCAAACUGAUUUGCAUCUCCCUUCCAUUAUAUAUGCCAGAGCUCGCCAAAUAAGUAGCCAUCGAAAUUAGUGGUUCAUACAAAAUUUAAUAAUUUUGUAAUUAAUUCGAAUGGAUAAUUCGAAAGAAGGGGGCAAGGAUUUGAAGCAAGGAGAUGAUCAGGUGACCAGGUACCGAGGUGUUAGGAGAAGGCCUUGGGGGAAAUUUGCGGCGGAGAUUCGUGAUUCGAGGAGGCAGGGGCAGAGGCUGUGGCUAGGGACAUUUGAGACAGCGGAGGAAGCUGCGAGGGCUUAUGACAAAGCUGCGUAUGGAAUGAGAGGUGCAUUAGCUGUUUUGAAUUUUCCUAAUGAGUAUCCUCCUACUCUUUCUUCGGGGGCCUCGGGUUCUGGAUCGGGUUCGGGUUUAUCGGGUGGCGGGGGCACGGAGGUUUUCGAGUUUGAGUGCAUGGAUGAUCAGUUGCUGGAGGAUAUGCUUGAGUUUGAUGAGAACAAGAAGCGUUGAAAAUGGGAGGACUAACAAAACUUUUAUAGUACAAUGCUAAUCAGUUAUAUUUAAAUGUGAUUAUCCAAUAAUGAUGAUAAUCAGUUAUAAAGAUUUGUAAUUGUGAUUUGCUAAUCACUAUAUAUUGUGUGCAUGAAAAUCUGGAUGCAACUGACAGCUGAAACUUAUACUAAAAAGCUGUUUAUGAAGAUGGAAAAAGUUAGGGCCUUCCUCAAUGCUGGGGGGAGCUUCUUAACUAUUUGUGUAUACAAUAAAUCUUGAUGAAUAAUUGCU